CAGCUUUGCUCGUCUUUCAAGCUUUCUCUUCCUCGAUCAUACACCGAAAUGUCCUCCCGAGCUCCCCAGCAGUCAUCCUACCACGAUCGGUCCCCGAGAUAUAACCGCGAUACUCGCGGGGGCGACUACCGAAGAGACCCAAGAGACCCUAGAGAAGGAGCUGGAAGGGCGAGGAGCCGGAGUCCUACAAGGUCCCGAAAUGACGACAGCUAUAGGAGGGACUAUAACGACCGCGACAGGUCGGAUAGGAGAGAUCGAGACUAUGACAGCUCAUCCCGGCGUCAAGGGGGAGGAUACGAGCGUUCGCGAGGCAGCGAGAGAGAUAGAGGAGGGGAGAGAGACUGGGAGCAAGAGAGAGAAAGAGAGUACCAGAAGGAACGAGCGAAUCCCAACAAUGAUCCGAAUUACCGUCCUCGAAAUGACGACAGGAGCGGUGGCGGAAGAGCCGGCUUCCAGGGCUCGUCAGCCCGGGGUGGAAGAGGAGGGUUUGUAGCGGGUCGAGGAGGCGGGAGUCAGUACGGCGGCGGCAGAGGAGGGUAUGGUGGUGGGGGCAACGGCAGCGCAGGGUGGGACGGUAGGGAGCGAGACUACCAAUCUAUGGACAGGCGAGCUAUCGAAGAAGGCCGUCGAAGAAGAGAAGAAGAACGAGCUAUGGGGUCGGCUAGAACCGAAGAUGGAAGAGUCAGCGAUCCUCGUGACAUGGAGAGGGGUCAAGAACCUUAUGGCAGAGCAGAGUUCUUCGAAGGAGAGCAGGAGGGAGAAGUCGAAGACGAGCAGGACGAAGCCGAAGCGCAGAUGGCUGCUAUGAUGGGAUUCGGAGGGUUCAACACUACCAAGAAAAAGAACGUGCAGCAGAAUGUGGAAGGAGGGGCCAAUGUGCACAAAGAGAGGACAUGGCGACAGUAUAUGAACAGGCGUGGUGGAUUCAAUAGGCCCUUGGACAAGGUCAAGGACUAG